GUGGACGCUCAGAUAACAAUGGUGAGCGGGCGGCGGGGGCGUUAGGGGGUGCCAGGCGGUAGAGGAGCGGAUGCACGCGAUUUCGUACAGUAAAGGUAAAUUGUGUGGGUCGCCAAGAAGACUGUCCCGGAAAUGCUAGUGGUAUUCCUGUAACAGUCCGUCUUCACCUUUCCCCACAGAUGGCGGAUUUUGUGGUCCCCCGUCACAGCGCCGUGAUGGAGCGUCUGCGCCGACGGAUAGAGUUAUGUCGGCGACACCACGGCAGCUGCGAGUCGCGUUACGAAGCCCUAGAUGGGGAGAGGCUGGAGCUGGAGAGGCAGCAUACCUUUCAAUUGCACCAGCGCUGCCUACAGACCAAGGCCAAGAGGGCUGGAAAGCAUAGGCAGCAGCUCAGCCGCAGACUAUUUCUAGUACGGAGUCUGGCCCGGGAAGGGGGAGUCAAGGGAGCAGCGGCAGCCUGGAUACAGACGGAGGAGGCGGCAAUGGAGAGCAGUGUAGGAACAGCACUCUCCUCGCGCCUCCAUGAAACUGUUAAAAGAAAGCUGGAUAAUGCAGCUUCCCCACAAAAUGGGGAUAAACAGAAUGGAUAUGGAGACAUGUUUUCUGUGCCUAAGAAACUGAGACACGAUGAUGGACUUGGUGUUAUUGGUUCUUCAAAUGGAUGCCCUGUUUCUCCCCUAAAUCAGCUGGAUAACAAACCUCCUAGUGGAGACUCAUUGCAGUUAAAUGGGAACCACUCAAUUGGACUAGAUGGCCACAGUAAAAAGUGUCUUUCUGAUGGUGGUCUGCAACUUAAUGGUAAUGGAGAUGCAGAUGACUUCUCUCUUUGUUUAAGCAAAGAGAUGAAGCAAGAACCAAUGGAUGAUCUUCCUUGUAUGCUGUCUGGAGUGGGUGGUUCCAUAUCGCAAAACAACCUGAUGCCAGACCUUAACUUAAAUGAGCAGGAAUGGAAGGAGCUCAUAGAAGAACUUAACAAAUCUGUACCAGACGAAGAUAUGAAGGACCUUUUUAAUGAUGAUUUUGAAGAUAAAAAAGAUGUUGAUGCUUCAAACUCUACAACGCAAACUCCUGCUGUUCAAGAUAUCCAUAUAGACAGAGUUUUCUCGGCAUUUGAUCAAGAGUCCCAUGGGUCACCACAAGUUAGAUCAGCAUCAUCUGGGCCUUUUGUUGGUGCUCCUUCGGCACCUGCUAACAGUGCAUCUCCAGUUUGUAGUUCUCAGACAGUGUUCCAGGCAGCUGGCCAGGCAGUGACUGACUCUUCUAACCAGGUUAUGAUACAAACCUCAAACCAGCCACCAAAUGUGCAGAGAUCCUUACCCAAUGUUUUAAUGCCUGUGCAGGGUAAUCCAAAUGCCAAAGAGUUGUCCUCCGCACAACAGCUUCAGCAGAUUGCAGCCAAACAGAAACGAGAUCAGUUGCUACAGAAUCAGCAGCAGACUCAACCCGUUCACCAGACUCAACCAGUUCACCAGACUAAUCAAAUGCCCAACUGGUCCCAAUCUAGGUCAUCACAGAGUCCUAUAGGAGUUUCGUACAGUAUGGAAAAGCCAACAAGCCCUUCUGUUUACUCACAAGACUUCACCAAUCAGAAAAUCCUGAUGCCUAACCUAAACAAGAAUUCUCCUCGUGGUGGCGCAAAUUACAUGCAGCCAAAUCAUGUAAACGUGAUCGGCCACAAGCCUGCAAAUAACUUAAACCCAAACCCUACUGCAGCCCAAAAUGCCAUGCUGGACUAUGGCAAUACCAUACCCCUUUCCCAUUUUGAGGUUGAUUGCGGACCUGGAGUCUUGAACCAGAAUAAACCAGGCAUGUUAACAUAUCCACAGCGUCCACCACAACAAUUGUCACACAUGACAGAGGAACAGAACUCUAUGUUUAUUCUAAAACGAAAGGCUGGAAUGCAAUACAGGCCUUUAGUGUCACAUGGCCAAGACCAUAACAUAACUUCAGGUGUAACACGUGUCCCAGUAUCUGUGGCAGUGACUGCAGUGGGUGCACAACCGCCUACAGCCUCUAUGGCAGGGACUCACAAUAAUUCUGCAUAUGUAAGCGGUCAUCAACAGGCAGUAAUGAAACAACAGCUUUUGUUGGAGCAGCAGAAACAAAGAGAACAGAAGCAACUUCUUUUGGAGCAGCAGCAUAAGCAGCAAAUCCAGAUGGCGCAAAGACAGCAGCACCUCCUGGCUGAACAGGAAAAACAGCGCCACCAACAGGAACAGCUCCAACGACAUCUGACAAGACCUCCACCUCAGUACCAGGAUCAGUCGCAAAAUUCAUACCCUCAGCCGGCAGUUGGGCCAUUUACAGGAACCUCUACAGUUUUACCUGGAGUGAAUAAUAUUUCACAGCCCGCCUCUGGUAGCCCUCGGAUUUUUACUCAGGCGCAACAAAUGAUGCAGAUUGGUGGAGGUCAUACAGCUGUUCCACCAUUACCAUCUGGUUCUAACUCUCAAGACCGUUCUGUUUCCCAGUACCCCAGUCUCCAGACUGUGCAGCGUGGUGGUAUGUAUAGCAUGGGAUCUGGUCUCCCGCAGAUAGUAGGAAAUCAUGCAACACAAAAUAACAUACCCAAUGGUCAAUCACAGAGACAGGCAAGUAAUACUCUCCCUGCUGGCUAUGGACCGAAUCCCAUGGGAAACUCUGGGUUACCACAACAGCACAGCAAAUUGGGAAUGAAUACUGCUGUGUCAAAGGCCCAGAUUCCAAGAAUGCCUUCUGUCAUGUCUUCUCAGAACCCUACAUGGCCGAAUCAAGGGAUGCAGAACAUAAACACUCAACCCCAAGGGAAUAGUGGUUUGGGUUCAUUCAGUGCGGCUAGUGCCCCUUUUCAUCUCCAGCAGACUCACCACAAAUUGGGCAACCAACAGUUUGGCCAAGGCAUGCCACAGGUUGGUCUUGCAGCCAAUCGACCCAUGACCUCAAUAAACCAGUCUGUUACUGGUCAGAUGAUGGCAAAUAUGGCAUCCCAGCAAAGGACAAACCCUGUAAGUCAGCAAGCACCACCCAAUCAGCAGGUCCUACCAGUGAUGAACCAGACUGUGGCAGAUAUAACCGCAUUUAGCCAGAAUACUGGACAGCAGAUGACCAAUAGAGCUGGACUCCAUUGUAAUCCAAAUUACCAGGUGAGAUCUGCUAGUCAGGACUUGCCCUUUGGGUAUAGCAAUCAACCUGGCAAUAGUGGGCUACAGAAUUUGCCUGGUGAUGCUGACCUGUUCGACUCUUUACUGAAAAACAGGACUUCCGAAGAGUGGAUGAAUGACUUGGAUGAGUUGCUUGGCAAUCAUUGAUAUCGGGGCGGAUGUUUCUUUUACUCUUACUUAGCGAACGACAUUUUCAAAUACUUUAGUACAUUUUUAUUAAUAAAAAAAAAAA